GGAUACACGAGACAACCUUCUAACCGUGAUUUGACCAAAAUUGAAAACAAAGGUACCAAGGAGGAAGAUAUGUUUGUGUGGAUUACACGCGAUAAUUAUUUAGAAUUACAAAUAUUAUGGGGAUGA